UGCUUCGCGCUAAAACUAGUCGAUCAAUCCCACUAAUCGUACAAAGUGAAUAAAAAAAGAAUACAUCCGCGCUCAAUGUUACAAGAAGAAUCAAUUUUCUACUACAUAUUCAUGCAACAUUAGAAAAAUCCGUGUAGAAAAAGUUGCCACGUUCAAGAACAAAAGUGUUUUUUAUUGAUUUAUUGUUAUUUUAAUUCAUGUUAUCUAGUGAAAAAGAUGUCAAUUAUGGAGACACCUAAAAGUGCUCGUCAACAAAUACGCACAAUGCGUAAUCACACUCCCAGAUUAUCGGAACGUAAAAAGAAACUUUUUGGCAGUACAACACAGAAAGACAAUGAACUCGAGGCUGAUGGGGAAGAUGAAAUGCUUAAGGGAAUAGCCCCCUUGGCUAGUAGAAAGUCUAGAAAUACUGGUAAAACGCCAAAAAGUACAAAAAUUAUGGAAUCAUUAAUGGGUUCUUGUAAGAAAUCGCCACGCGUUAUAAGUUUCUUUGAAACCGAAUCAGAAGAUGGUGGAGAUACGGCAGAAGAACAGAAACCUUCACCUUCUAGGCGUAGUGUUCGUUUAAGUUUGAAGAAAUCACCCAAUUCUAGUAAAUCGGAAGGGGAAUUUUCCACUUCGCCUCACAAAGAAAAUAUACCCCUCAAAACGCCCACACGCAAAGAGUCGCAAGAAGACAAGAAAUUACAGAAAAUGUUUAGCAAUUCUAUGCAAAUUACACCACGCGAUAAAACGCCCAUAGUAAUAGAUGAAACUUCCAGUGAAGAUGAGGAAAACGAACAGGAAAUGAAAGACAUUAGGCUUAGAUCCAAUAAAAAAUGUUUAACUAAAAGACAUUGUGAAAUAGAGGGUUCAACUGGUUUGAGUCCCAUGCGCAAGAAAGGCAAAACUUCUAUAUCACCCAUAGAGGGUGGCUCCAUUUCUACCAAGUCCUUCUAUUCGGGUAAAAUUAAUAAAACCACCUCACCCACAAAUGGUCGUGCCAGCUGUAGAAACUUAUUUGGUCAAACUGUCAGUGGGGGAAAUACACCCUCCCAAAACAAGGCUAAAGCAUCCACUAACAGACGCAGCUUAGGUUCGCAAGCCACUUCCAUUAAUCGUGGUGUACACCAUAAAAUACGCAAACGUUCACACCCAUUUGGGUUGGCACCCAAACACUAUGCUCCCGUCGACAUUGAUCACAUACUCAACAAUGUACGCAAUGAAAAAUUACGCAAACUCAUUACAGCCAAACGUGAGGAGAAGCAGCAAAUCGAAAAAAUCCACAGCAUUUUCCGUCAAGCCAGUAAUCCCAUAGCCAUGGCACGUCCCUUAAGUGCAAUAUCACAACAAGAUGAUUCUAACAAUAAUAACAUCAAGGAAGAAGACGUUAAGCUGCACAAACCGUCGGAAUCUUCACAGUCCACCUAUCAAAACGAUACUGAUUUUUCAGAUAUUGAAUGUGAUAUGGAAGAGUUUAUCGAUGAGGACGAUGACAAGGGUAAUUUAGAGAAUGCUCUUAUGGCCAUGAAUGAAGAAGUCAUACCACUUAUUACCCAUCAGGCAGAUGAUGCUUUAUCGGUUAAGUCGGAAGAUAGUUCGGCGCCUGUUAAGCGGAAAUUCUUUAAAUCAGGUCGUAGUACUACUACACGCAAAGAGGUUCAUAUAACGGAUAAUAUAAAGGCCAUGGUAACAGCCAAUGGCAAAUUGUCGAUUGUGCCGGAAAAGAAGAAAGUCAAGCGGCGCAUUAAGAUACGUAAUUCAGUCACCAAUGAAUUCUCCGAUGAACAGGCUACUGUUGAUGCUAUUUUGCGUAACUUGGAUGACACCGCAUUCGGUGACAUUAUUGUGCCCAAAGAUGAGAAUGAAGAUGAAAAUUCCAACCUCAACAGCAACGACAAUAAUGCCUUCUUAGAUGAAAUCGAUCAACAAUUGGCCUUAAUGAAUGAAGAAGAAUCAUCGUCGAACCUAAUCGACGAUAUUGUUCUACAGGACAAUCAAGAUUUUAAUGAUUUUCGUAAAAGAUUACCCUAUAAUACCAACGAUCCGGAAAUUAUUGAACGUCAGCAUUUACUAUUGGACUUCUUAAUUACCAAUAACAUUUGCACCGAAGAAAAUUUCAAUAUUUUCAUAGCCGAUCCAGAUAAUCACAAAGCAGAGGCUGAAAGAAUUAUUGAUGAGUUAGUCAUAGUUGUGACGGAUCAUCAGAAUACCGAUUUUCGUCAGAGAAUACCCUAUAAUACCACAGAUCCAGAGCUAAUAGAACAGCAGCAUAGUUAUUUGGAUUUUCUAUUGGAAAAUAAUAUUUGCACAGAGGAAAAUUUUGAUAUAUUUAUAGCGAAUUAUGGCCAGAGAAAGGCGGAAGCAGAUGCUAUCAUUGCGCAAUAUUUAACAGGCGUUAAUGGACAAUAUAAUGAAAAUCUAAAUGCACCAUUAGCUGCUGGUAAUCAACUAUUGUCAGCUGAAAAACAAAACAACUUUACCUGAACAACUUUUACAAACACCCACACCUACAACAGCCUUAAAUAUUACAACAAUCUACCUACCCUUAGUGGUGCUGCCGCCCUAGAAACGCCACAGCUUAAUGAAACGCAACAACAACAGAAACUAUUUCCAGUUUUCUAUCCGGGCGGUUGUCAACCCCUUAAUCUGCCUUCCACCAGACGCAAACAGCAGCAACGUGCUUGGAAUGCUGGCUAUGGCAGUAAUCAAUAUCAAAUUGAUGCCGGUCAAAAAUCAUUCGGUGCUCAUCAGUGCAAACAAUGUGGUUUAGUCUAUACUGUUCAUGAACCCGAGGAGGAGAAAUUACAUCGAGAUUUUCAUGCUUCUUUACAUAUUUUACGUUUUAAGGGUUGGAUUGAUGAGGAUAUUGUGGCAAUUUAUCCAGAGUGGGGACCGGAUGGUCAUUUACGUUUGACCGAGUCAUCACCUCCUAAACGACGUGAACGUCUGAUGGAUUUAAAGAUUGUCGAUAAAGAAUUGGGUUUUUCAUCGUAUAUUGUGCCAAAAACAUUUGUCGCCUAUUUUGCUGUUCGUAAGAUGCAAAUUGUGGGUUUAUGUCUGGUACAGCCACUGGAUAAGGCGAAUAAAUAUUGUGUUAAUGGUGUCGAUUGCUGUACGGAGGAACAAUUUGAGGCUAAAUGCGGCAUCUCCCGAAUCUGGGUCUCUCCUCUGCAUCGACGUUUUCACAUUGGUGCCAAACUAAUACAAGCUGUGCAAUUAAAUACAAUAUUUGGUGAAGAAGUGCAACUGGAUAAAAUUGCCUUUAGUGCACCCACCGAAAUGGGCAAAGCAUUUGCACAGAAAAUUACCCAAACCGAGAAUUUUUUGGUAUAUCAAUAGAUCAAUAAAAAAAAUAAAUACAUACACUAAUCUUAAGUUCAAGAAAGAAAAAUUUGCGAGAAGAACAUUUUAUUAUAUGUUAUUUUAAAUGACAUACUUUUAGCUUAGUAUAAGACUCUCAAUGAAUUCUUAAAUUUUCAUUUUUGUUCAUUGCUGGUUUUUCUCAUGAUUUCUGUAUGUAUAUUGUCGCUUGCAUUUUAUCUUAUUUUAUUAUUUUUUUUUUUUUUUUUUGCUGUUAUAUACAAAAA